UUCCAUAACCAAUCAGCGCUUGCGGGACAGCCUCCGCCUUUUCAAGUCCCGCCCUCCGUCUUUAAUCCUAGUCGCUUCCGUCCAGCAGCCUCACAGCCACGCGGCGCGGCUUGGGAGGUGUCUGUUUCCCUCCUUGGCGCCACUUUCCAUAUCCCUGUGCUGCUUCCUAUUUGCAUCUGGAAAUCUGAUUUUCUCUCCAGAGCUCAGUCCACUCCUUCUAGGUCUCCAGUACCCAAGAGUCCGAGAGCCAGGCGCCCUAGUCUCGAGAUCACGGAUCUCGGUCUCCCGGAGCCAGGCAUCCCAGAUCUACGCCACCUGGGUUUAUCUUGAAGACCUCCGCUACCUGAGCGCCCUUAACCCUUCAGGGAGUCAAAGACCCCUACGUCCUGGUCUGAAGAGCUGUUUCCUACCCCAACAAAAAAGAAAAGCUACACAGGCGCCCUCGACUCCCAGUCUUCAGGGAUUCGACAUCACCGAGAAAAAAUAAAGGGAUCUCCGCGCACAGCUCGAGGAGCUUAGGACCCUCCAGUUUCCGAGAUCUGGUGGACGCACAACUUCAAGGACCGCUACAAAGUUUCAGUCUCCACUCUCGGUCUUAAGGACGUCACACCCAGUCUCUAGGCGCGCAAGGAACCUCCCUGUUACGGCUCAGCAUGGCAGUGGAUCCCCCUAAGGCUGACCCCAAAGGGGUGGUGGCGGUGGAUCCCACCGCGAACGGUGGCCCCGCGCUGGGAUCCAGAGAGGACCAGGGUGCGAAAGCAGGUGGUUGCUGCGGUUCCCGGGACCAAGUGCGCCGCUGCCUUCGCGCCAACCUGCUGGUGCUGCUCACGGUGGCUGCCGUGGUGGCUGGCGUGGUGCUAGGGCUGGUGGUCUCGGCGGCGGGCGGUGCUGACGCUCUGGGCCCCGCGCGCUUGACCGCUUUCGCCUUCCCUGGAGACCUGCUGUUGCGCCUGCUGAAGAUGAUCAUCCUGCCGCUCGUGGUGUGCAGUCUAAUCGGAGGUGCAGCCAGUCUGGACCCUAGCGCGCUCGGCCGUGUGGGCGCCUGGGCGCUGCUCUUCUUCCUGGUCACCACAUUGCUCGCGUCGGCGCUCGGCGUGGGCUUGGCCCUGGCGCUGAAGCCCGGCGCCGCCUUUACCGCCAUCAACGACUCUGUUGUAGACACCUGUGACCGCAAUGCACCCAACAAAGAGGUGUUGGAUUCCUUUCUGGAUCUCGCGAGGAAUAUUUUCCCCUCCAAUCUGGUGUCUGCUGCCUUCCGCUCUUUUGCUACCUCAUAUGUAUCCAAAGACGAGGCAUGUACAAUACAGAAAGCCUGUACACGGAGAGAGAUCAGUACCACCAUGGUCCAGCUUGUCUGUGAGGAGGAAGGGAUGAACAUCCUGGGCCUGGUGGUCUUCGCUAUCGUCUUUGGUGUGGCUCUGCGGAAGCUGGGGCCUGAGGGUGAGCUGCUCAUUCGUUUCUUCAACUCCUUCAACGAUGCCACCAUGGUCCUGGUCUCCUGGAUUAUGUGGUACGCCCCCGUUGGCAUCUUGUUCCUGGUGGCCAGCAAGAUUGUGGAGAUGAAAGACGUCCGCCAGCUCUUCAUCAGCCUGGGCAAAUAUAUCCUGUGCUGCCUGCUAGGCCACGCCAUCCACGGGCUCCUGGUUUUGCCUCUCAUCUACUUCCUCUUUACCCGAAAAAACCCCUAUCGAUUCCUGUGGGGCAUCAUGACACCCCUGACCACAGCUUUUGGGACCUCUUCUAGCUCUGCCACAUUGCCUCUGAUGAUAAAGUGUGUAGAGGAGAAGAAUGGCGUGGCCAAGCACAUCAGCCGGUUCAUCCUGCCCAUCGGCGCCACGGUCAACAUGGACGGAGCAGCGCUGUUCCAGUGUGUGGCGGCAGUGUUCAUUGCACAACUAAACGGGGUGUCCCUGGACUUCGUGAAGAUCAUCACCAUCCUGGUCACAGCCACUGCAUCCAGUGUCGGUGCGGCAGGGAUCCCUGCAGGGGGCGUCCUCACCCUCGCCAUCAUCCUGGAAGCAGUCAGCCUCCCCGUCAAGGACAUCUCCCUGAUCCUGGCCGUGGACUGGCUAGUGGACAGGUCCUGUACUGUCCUCAAUGUGGAAGGUGAUGCUUUUGGGGCCGGACUGCUUCAGAGUUACGUGGAUCGGACCAAGAUGCCGAGCUCAGAGCCUGAACUAAUCCAGGUGAAGAACGAAGUGUCUCUGAAUCCAUUGCCCCUCACCACAGAGGAGGGGAACCCCCUCCUGAAGCCGUACCGGGGACCCGCUGGGGACUCCAGUACCACGUGCGAAAAGGAAUCUGUCAUGUGAAUAUCGGGAGGGACUUUCUAUGCCCUGGUAACUUCACAUUGGAUCUUGAGAGCUGGAGCAAUGGACUGGAUGAAGGGCUCUAGGGGUGGGCCGUUUACACACUCCGGGAAUCUAGGGGUCCCUGUCUCCUUCCUGGAGAGGCUAGUAGGAGCCUUGUUGCUUGGGGUGCAUAUGCUUAUACAUGAAUGUGUCCACAAAUACCCCUGCUCCCCGUCCUGUUCCCCAUUCAAGGAAUGACAGCUCUUUGUCACUCAGAGCCAUCCAGCCCACCCAUCUUAGGAAAUGGUUGUCCUGUAGAGUUAUCUACCCUUUAAAGGCAAAAGUGAGUAUUGUGAUGCAAUACUCUCUUAAUGUCCCUGUCUGUGUGUGGGGGGUGGUGGUGUGUGUGUGUAUCACUAUAUCGCGCACAUGUCCUCGCGCGCGCGCGUGCGUGUGUGCGUGUGUGUGUGACCUUCCUAGUAGUCCCUCCAUGACAGCAAACACUCCCAUGAGUCCUGAGGGAAAGCCAAGAAUAAAUGUACUCCUGAACACGUUUUUUUUUUUAGCAAUAAAAUGGUGUCAAAUGUA